GAUAAUGGCCACUGAAUGCACUUGCCUUGUGCAUCGAUAUAUUGGAGAGACUAUGAGCCAUAAACUUCAUUAAUAGAUUUUAUGUAAUAGAGAUAAGAUAAAAUGUCCUCAGAAAGUAACGACGAUCGAUCAUCGUCAUCAGAUGAGGAACAAGCCGCACCAGGAAUGCCAAUAUUUACAACGGCAAACAGCAAGCCUCUGGAUGCCGAAACCGUUGUUGACAUACUAAAAAAUGUUGACAAAUACGAAGCUAUUACUUGUGACAGCAUACCAGCUGACCCUAAAACUGGUAAUGUGUUUCUUUUCAUGCCAAAAACUGAGGCUGAUCAAGGAAACUACCGCCAUGAUCAAUAUUUGUGGGCAAAUCAUGGACCAAAGUCCAUACCAUCGAAGAAUCCAAUUAUUCAAAAGCGCUACUAUGUGGCUAAACUACCUGAUGGCCGCCCAUCAAAAUUCCAUAAAAGUGUCUACACAUUGCUGAAUGACAACAGACUACUUAAACCUUGUAUCAUUCAGUAUAUGGGUAGUAUGGAUGGUAUAGUUGUUUCUGCUAAGAGGUCACGUCACCAAGCUGAAAAACAGAGUGCUGAUUCAACAUCUUCAACCCCAAGUAAACGGGGGAGAAUAUCUAAUGGCAGUGGAUCCGUUAACUUGACUCGGCCUAUUGUUCUGCCACCACAAACUUUACCCAUAAGUAGAGAGGAUUUCAGGCAGUUGCAUGAACUUGCUUAUAGUCUGAACGGGUUUGUAAACACAGUGCAAAUAUCACCAUCCUUUUUAUGUAUUGUCUCCAUAAAAGAUUUGUCUGUCCAUCUUGAGGCAUGCUUCAAAAAAAUACUGCCAAAGAUGAAUCUAUUAUGUUCUCGUAUUGCAGCACUUAUGAAAUUGGCAAUCUAGCUCUCUCCCCUCUCUUGUUCACUCAUGUAGCCUUUGAUGGGAAGCCAGCAAUUCCUACACACUUUGCAAUUCAUGAGAAAAAUGAUUCACGUCAUCACAAAGAACUUUUUCGCAUUGUGCAAGAGCAUGUGCCAAGCUUCAAGACAGUUGAAUGCCCUAUUGUCACCGAAUCAGAUGCUAUAAAGGAGGCCUGCAUGGCGGAGAUGGGCCUGAGGCUUAUUCCUAUUUCUUCAUGGAAGGGUGCGAUUCAGCAAACUAAGGAAUGGUUGUAUCAGAAUGGUGCUAAUCAACAAGAAGUAGCCACUGGCCUUGAUGAUAUGCGUAAGCUAAUGUCUUGUGAGUCAGUGGAAAAGUACGAAGAGGGACUCGAGCAAUGCAAAAAUCAUUGGGGAGAAUCACUUCAAGAAUUCUUUGCAGCUAAUAUUGAUCCAAUGGUAAGGUCCAAGCUUGGCAGGUGGGUAAUUCAACAAUGGGGCAUAUUCAAUCCGUACACAGGAGUUAGCGAUAGCAAAAAUGAUUGCUGGGAGCUUGUAAUGCAGCAUUUACAGGCACUGAGUAGCCUGUCAAUACACACCAUUCUGCUGGCAUGCUAUCUCGUUCAGCAAUUUGUGAAGAAAGAAAUCAAAGAUGGGCUGAAUGGUAUGGGGAGAUUUAUGGCCAAGGAAAACAGUGUUAUAUACAAAGCAAGCAUUUCGAACUGGCAACCCAUCCCAUUUUUAUGCUUACCAGAGAACAUUGUUCCUUAUAUAAAAAAUGAUCAACUUGUUAUUCAAGAGGGUGCUUUAAUAGAAAGAGCAGAAAUUGAUGCUAAGAAGACAUUAUUGAACAAAGGGAAACGCAUUUACGAAAAUGGUGGGGUACAUCACAACAUUGCUAUACAGUCAUUUGUUGUCAAGGAAUGGGAGCGACCUGAUGAGAGCUUUUUAGUCAAAUUACAUCCACGAGCUACGUGUUCAUGUGACUCCUCGAUGUUUUGUCAGCAUAUAAUUGCUGUGAAAAUGAGCAUUGGUAUUGACAUGGAAAGUGACAUGGAACGACUUGACACCAAGUUUGUCAGCCGUGCAUUGAAAAGCUGUGAAAAUGCUGCUGAAGGCAUCAAACCUAGACGAAGAAGGAGAAAGAAACAAGGUACCGAUAUGACUGGCUUUGAUGUGGAUGCAGCGCGAAAGAGAGAUAGCACUUCGUUUGAUGGACACCAGAUAAAAGGAACGAUAGGCUCAGAUGGAGAUGAGUCUGAGAACGAGAGUGACGUCACUGGGGCUGGGCAAGAUAACACCCAUGUAGACUUCUUCCAAGCAGGUGGCCAGAUCGGGUUCAGCAUGAAUUUCCAAUGAUAGGAAACCAUCUUUCGCCUGUUUAUGGACCAUAGUAUAUAAGCCUUUGUCAUUACUUUUUUAAUGUUGGCCACUUGUAGCAAAAAUGGAUGUUUAACCUGCUUAGGUGGAAGUUAAACGUCACUCUUCUAUCCACUCUAACUAGACGAGGCUCCUAAAAUGGCAAACGAACAGCAAACCUUAACAUAAUGACUUUUGUCUAGGUGGACAACAUAUACCGCAUAUCCUGCAUUUUAACUCUGAAUUUUGUGUUCUUAAAAACUGGGUUCAACGUAAAUAACGCUUAACCAAACGCCUAUUGUGUGACUGAACCCACAAGGAUAGGCUACAAGAAUUGAGUUUGUGGAGCAUCGUUUAAAUCAGACCUAACAUUUGAGGGGCAUACCCCUGGUCCCAUGUUCAAGAGCGAUAAUCGUUACAUAGUCAUGGCAUCGAUUCGAGCUUCUGUAAAGCUGUUUUUAAGGGUUACUUGUCAUUUACUUUAUAUGUAAGUUUGUCAGUUGUGGGUCAGUGAUAUGGUUGUAUCUCAUAUUUAGCUAUGAGUUUAUUCUAAGUACUUACAUACCGUCUCAGGGUGAUAAAUUUAUCACCCAGUAACAAGACAUGGGAGUUUAUGGUAUGUGAAAGUUUUCUCAACAUGUUUUAUUCUACCUUUUAGUAGUGGAUUGGGCAAAUAAUCUAAAGAAAUAACUCGAAUAAACGCGUAGGUACGAUGAAUCGUUUUAGUUGUCAUGUUGAUGACUGGAUGAAUAAUAUAUUUGUGGACGAAUGCAUCAAUUAUAAUGAAACUAAGGGAAUUGCACUGAGGGAGGAUGGACGCUUUCUGGACUCUAAGCGCUACGCAAGAUUCUGAAAGAUUCUAUUAGAUUCUGAAAGAUUCUAUUAGAUUCUAAAAGAUUCUAUUAGAUUCUGAAAGAUUCUAUUAGAUUCUGAAAGAAAGAAUAAGGAAUACAGUGAAGUGCUGCAAAUUGACUAGCAGAUGUCUAGCUUCAAACUUUGAUUUUCGGUCACUCAUCAUCAACACGUUUAUUCUGUUAAGCAUUAAUAUUUAAAGCAGUUAUUCGCGCUUCAUUUGAUUAGAAAGUGUCGUAGCAAGGGUCUUAGAGCUAGCUGCAUUGAUCAUAAGUAGUGGUUUUACGAUUGGUCAAUUGAAAUACAAGAUGCACUGGCAGGAAUUCAGAAGCAAGCUCAUUUGUCUGGAGCUGUAGCGAAGAUUUGAUUUAGCAGGGACUCUUCAUGAUGCUUUUUGCCUUCAGAUCGGAAAUAUUUGCGAUUAGAAUGCCGAAAACAAAGAAAUUUACCAUGCAUCUAGCCAUAGUAUAUAGAGCAUGCUGGUUAAAGUGUAUUUAAUAAGCAGCUUGCGAGUCGCACAAAUUGUUUGAAUUUAAUCCAUGCAAAAAUUAAUCAUUUCGGCAAAGUUGAGUGAGUUACACCUGUAGUCAAAAUUUUCUUAUUUUUGAUUCAUUUGCAUAUUCAACUCUCUAACUUGUCAUUUUGCUUAAAACUCUGCCAUUCUUUCGUAAACCUGAAGUUAAGAUACAGAAAGCAUCCAGACAAAAUUAUGUCUCCCUUUUGUGAUUUUUUAUUUUGGUACCAGAAAAUUCAAAUUCAAAGGCAGUCAAUCAUCUGCAAGUAGUAUUUGCUCGCGAAACAAGUCAUCCACAAUAUAGCAAAACUAGGGGUCUUUGGAAUAUUGCAUUUAUCACAUUUACCCUCAUUUUGUCAUUAUUUAAAAUGAAUCCUGAAAGGUUUUAAAGACAGUUCUUUUGAUUUCAGCAAACAGAAAAACUUAAUGAUUUAUGAUACAUCAAAAAGAAAAUGAAUGUUUUGAAAUCAUGCAUGAAUCAAUAAAAUGCUUCAAAAUUAAAUGAAAACAUCCAAAGGCUGUUCAAAAACGCAGUUUUGAGAUUUUCUAAAGGAAAACACAUACUUUGUACACGGAACAAAUACGAAUGAAGAGAAGAAAUAUUCUUUUAAAGAAAACGGUCUCAAAAUUAGAUGUAUCACAAAUAUGUAAGUGUGUAGAACCUGGAACGUGACGGCUCACACUAUACUACAAUCCCAGACAAAAAUAGUUGAGACUUCUCAAGAAAACUUUAUGUUUUCUCUUUCCUUUGAAAAAUAGUUUAUCCCCCUCCCCCAAUUCAAUGUUGAAUGCAUGAUUUUGUAGCUAAAAUGAUAGAACUACAAAUCCAACAUCACUUCGGGAGGAAAGGAGGGAUGCGAAUUUACGGGGGCAAGGUAGAAGGAAAAAUACAAAAAUUGCAUUUUGUCUCAAAAUUUUGCCUGGGAUUGUAGGUAGUUAGUUUGUUGUUAUAGCAACAACAGCAACAUUUCGUUGCAACACUAUGCUUAAUUAGUUUCAAAAUCUUCCGUGUAAGUGAUCAAUUCAAAACAGUUGAAAGAGGCCUCUGAGAAACUAUUCAAAAAGCCAAAAAUAAAAGUUAUGCUUCUGGAAAAGGGAAUGUUGCUUCUGCGAAAUGAGAUCAGCAACGAUUUUUUAUUGUUUUGGAGCAAAACGCACCGAUAAAUGUGUUCAUAUAACACACUUUUUAAUAUGAACCAGAAUAAUUUUGCUGGGGCUCGAUGUUAUUUUUUUUGCUUAAGAUAUUUUCUUAAUAUAAUGCUAAUCUAACAUUUUUCUACAUUUACCAGCAUUUACAUACUUGAAAAUGGCUUUGAAAAAGCAAAAAUUUAGUAAACUAAAGCUUUUCGUCUGACACUCUUCAGAGUUUAAAACGUCAGAACAUAUAUCGAAAACUUUACUUUAGUUUACUAAAUGUUUGCUUUUUUCAAAGCCAUUUACAAGUUUUCUACCACCAAAAGGCUAUUUACAUACUUCAAAAUCAUUCUAAGGCCACUAAAGCUAGAGGCUCAAGAGCUUAGCCCCUUAUGUCAAAAUCCAGAGAAUUUUCGGGGGCUCAGCCCUCCUCAACAAGCGAGUACAAGUUUGUUUCGACGAAUUUUUUGGUUGCAACCCAUUACUAUGCAAUAUGUUUUCCGUGAAUGAGCAAUUUUCAAUCCGUGGCGGUGAAUAUUCUAAAAGAUUACAGAUUCACAACAGAGAAUCUUUAAAAAAAGUGAAAGUAUAUUGGGUGUGGUCAUAGAUGUAAUCAUGGGAGUGGCUUGGCAGUUGGUCGUGGUCCUAGAUCCAUGAAUGGCAGUUCCAAUUUUCCCCUUUAUAUUUCGACAGUGUAGUAAAUCUCAUUUAAUGAUUCAUUCGUUAAUCUUGAUUCCCCUUUCCAAAAAGAUUUAAGCCUUGCAAGGUGAAUGGUACAAAAUAGUAUUCAUUGGUAUCAAAUAAAAUUAUUUCAAAAAUAGAUUGUUUCUAAAUAAGACCGUUGAUAUCUUUUCAACUAUAGGCGUUAUGUUUCUUAUAAAUAAUUUCUUUUGACAAGGUUCAAUCCAAACCUUCAAAACUUCUACAAUUCUUCAAAAUUUCCUAAACUCUCCAUGAUAAAGGGAAACCUGCACAUUUAGGUCGAAUUUGAAACUUGUUUGGAUUAUGCACUAUUCCUUAUGAGUCUUUCUUCAACGAAAACAGAGUGUUUGACCUGGACCUGUCGCUACGCGUUCGUCCUAUUUCACAUGCAACAGUUCUAAUACAAAUUCUACCUGCCUGCAGCUGCUUGGAAAACGUCAUUGAAUUCAUUGUCCGUCGUGUUGACUGACUGAUAAAGCUUUCGCUUCGUUAAAUAUUUGUGUCAUUUAGGAACUGAGCAACUUAAAUUACUUUCGAUCGCUUUAUCAAUGUGCCUUAUAUCAGAAAAUCCUUAUGGCGAAGCAUCGCAUUAAAGGAUUUGUUUUAUCAAGUUUCCUCCCUGUCCAGGUCUUUCCAGCAUAAAUAUUGUUGUGGCUUACUUUUCAUGUGACAUUUGAUACCAGGCAGCUGUAUCCAAGAGCAAUCGGUGAAGUUGUCAAAGGAGGCUCUAUUGUACAGCCUUAUAAGACGGGCAUCACUUAUAGCUGUGUAGCUGCCAACACAACAUUGAUUAGUGAUAAAUUCUUCAGGUUUUGAUUCAGAACAGGUGCAAUACUUAUCAAAAUAUACUAAAGAACUAGCAAAGCAAAUCUCACAUAGUUCUUGUUCACCAUGUCGACGAGCAAGGAUCGGUGGACUGAGGCAAGAAACUGAAGAAGGCAAAUCAACAGGCAAGUUUUCAAGUAGCAGUGGCCUGGUUGCUGCAUCUGAUCGCUGCACCUGAUCGCUGCUUUUGGUGGCUGUAGCUGCAACGCUAUUGAGAGUCAGAAAUCAAGUUUUAUCUGAGAGUAAAGGCGCUUACACGCAAGAUGAGGAUAUUUCUAAAAGAAAAAUCACUCUAAAAAAUCAUAAACAGACACACGAGAAGAAGGGCUAAAUAACCCUUAUGCAAUGCGAUGCAUAAUAUGGACAGCUUUUUGAUCAUUUGUGCCAUUCUGUUCUUGAUGGGAACAGCGUUAAAUUCAGUCAAGUUCUGCUAUUCAUUCAACCAGCGUACGAAACAUUUUAUGAACAGGUUAUUGCAAUUUACAACGGGCAGCAGUUUGCUAGUGACUUUGUUUGGAGCUCUUGGGAUUUUCGCUGCGCGGCUUUCAAAUGCUACCAUGGAAGUUGGCUCGGAAAUAUUCGUCACAGCCGUUUUAUUGUACAUCAUUGCUAAUCAAUCGUGUUUCAUCAUCUUGUCAGCGAUUGAAAGGUAUAUGUCUUUAAACCGCAAAGCUAAUAAAACAAGUACUUUCCGCUUUGGAAUUUGCAUUAUUAUCAUAAUCCCAACUGGAACAUCAGGUGCUAUUGGCGGCGCUGGUGCCCGCGAAGGCAAGGUGGUGGGUAUUAGAGUAAUACCAACUGUAGUCUUCGGCACAGUUGUGAUCACCUGGAUAUUGAUAGUACUGUUUUUUAGGAAGGCAAAGCGAUUAGCUAGGACUGUUGUACCAAUAAAAGAGGAGAGCCAAUCAAACGACAUGAUAAAUCACUCCUUUCAUUUAUCGGCUACGGAUAUGCCACUGUACAAAAACGGACUGGUAGCGAUAGAUCCCGCCAUUGAGCAAGCAGAAAACACGCAGGCUUUCCGUAAAACAUCUAAUGCCAACCACAGCGAACUAGAAGCUGUAAAGUUUCUGCGUAGCAGCCUCAAAAGAUCUGGGCACACUCUUGCCGAUUCUGCAAAGCGAAAUGUUUGCUUUUACAUCGGUAAAGAAGUUGAGAUAUGGCGACGAGAAAAAGUUUUGCGGCGGAUAGAGAAGGAAAAAGAAACUGCACUCAAGUGCAUUAUGAUGCUGCUUUGCUAUAUAGUCUGUUUUUUCCCUCUGUCUUUUUUGUGUUGUUUUCAAGAAGGUUUGUCAUACAGAAACGUACAGGUUAGACUUUGCUGUGCAUUGGCAGCCCUAUUUGUAAUAUUUGACCCAACAAUUUAUAUUCUGAGAGUGAAUUCUGGUGCAUUAGCCGAAUUCUUUCGGCGCAAGAUCGGUGGAGAAGUUCAGGAAGCGGUUUAACAGAUGUCUGUAUUCAAUUGCAGGGGCGCCUGCACAAGAUUAAGGCAGGAGGGGCAGUGUUGGUGCUAAGGGCAAAAAGUAGAAUUUUUUCACUACCAUAAUUGAGUACUUAUGAGGGCAAGUGGUACAAAAUAACAUAUUUGCAUGCAUCUGUGCCACCCAUACAAUUGGGUUUUUUGGAAUCAAAGGCUCUACGCAUAGGUAUAGUGUUGAGAAAAUUAUCCAUGCAAUUGGGUAUUAAAUGGUCUUAUCAUUAUUAAAAAUGUUUGGUUUUACAGGAGUCAUGGCAAUUAUAAAUGGGCUGGUUCUCAAACUUUGAUUGUCCGCUUAGUCUCACUACUCUAUGAUUGCAGAAUCAUUGGAGAAUGAAAAAGAAAAAAACAAUAAACACAACAUAUUUAAGGGCACUGCUUGCCCCCUUUGCCCCUCCAGGGUAGGCGCCCCUGUUCAAUUGGAAGCAAAACUAGCGCAUGCUAGCUGAAAUAAUUAUAAGUGGAUAAGAGCAACUCGUAAAAGCAUAGUUAUUGUAUCGUUACAAUCCUUGAAUGUAGAAAUAAAAGCUUUAGGCCGAAAAAACUCCUUGGGGUCAGGUUUCGCUUAUUGUAUAUCGAACUCUAUAUCAAAGUUUCCUGCAUACCGUUAUUCAAUAUCGAUGUGGUAGCAAAUGAAUUUUAUUGUGAUUAUUCAUUCUUUAACUGAUUGUUCAUGUUUAACUUACUAGUAAAAUCUUGUGUACCAGCUUUAACUCACCAAGAAAAGGUGCAUAGCAGCAAUAAAAGUGCAAAUAUUAGUGUUUGUUAUCUUUUAUCAGCAGGGUUUCAAAAGCAGGGCUUCAGCAGCAGGGUUUGAAAUUCUACUUUUGGAGCUAGGUAAUGGGUUUUCAACUUUAGUAGAUAAUUCUAUCAGCAGUGGCGGAAAUUCAGGAUUUCAUUUGGGGGGGGGGAGGGGGGCCAGGCCUACAAUUUUCCGACAAGAUCUUGGAUCAUGUCUCAUUCUAAAGAAACUGCACAUUUGAUAAAAAUAAGUGAUUUUUGACGGGACCCUUGAGAAAUUUUUCCUGACCACACCAUAAUUAAGUAGCAAAAAGAACAAUCCAUUAAUGAUUUUUUAUAUCAAGAUCGAUAUCUCAUCUGAGGCAAUUGAUGAUACAAGAGGUCGCCCGAGCCCCCCCCCCCAAACCCCCAUAAUUUCCGCCACUGUCUAUCAGGGCCGCUUUUAACAAACUGACUAUGGAGGGGGGGGGGGCGAUUGCCCCCUCAGCUCAAGUGACUUUCAAUUGUUUUAAACAAUAGUUAAUUGCCCUUCUUU